AUGCCAGAGGCAUAUAACCUAGAAGCUUAUAUGCUUCUGGUUAAACAGAAUAACCGAAAUAGCUCUAUUGAAAGGUUAUAACAUAUUAAUUUGACGGAUUUUUCUUGGCAAGUCUAAAUUACACAUCUAUUAAAAUUUCAAUCCAAAUCCUUCAAAUCCUUCCUCCUGCUAAGGAUUAAUUCUUACACAAAGCCACUAUCAUUUCAUCGACGGAUCGAUUGAUUCCUUUGCUCUUAUAAAAUCUGCCGUACAUCUUUUACAGUGGUCAGCUUUCUCAAGGUCAAGGUGCGAUCACAAGCGAGGGGUUUGGCGUCCAUUUUGGUUGACAAUAGAAACUACACAACUCAGUCUAAAGGAUACAAUGUGGUAGUUCUUGAUCCGCUGUCAGGUACAUUCUUCUAAUUCACAAGACGAGCGAUGUCCUUUAGUUUGAUAAAACAGUUGCACCAAAGUGAUUCAUUGCUCAAUGUUACCCUCCAUGCAUCAUUCCGUUUUAGUCAUUCCUUAUAAUUUUAGCUGUAUAGGUUGGUUUCCGUUUUUUUCCUCAUCAUAUCUGUGCUCAUUGCUCACGUAAAUCAAAAAGAAAAAGGAUAUAGCUGAAAGAUCAUAGAUCUUUUUACUUAACGCAGUCGUUUGGCUGAUAUGGGAAAGCUCUCCGAAUGAGGAGAAUUAGAUAAGACAGAGGGUUUAUAGACACACGAAGAUUAUACGGGGAUACUCACCUUUUCACAUAUUCUACUUUUGACUUACGCUUUGGUCGGAAAUUUUCAAGUGCAAGCGUUUUGUUUUUCCCUAUUCAGGUCGUUUCCUCAUCUCAGCUGCGUUUGAUUGCGCAACGCACCAAACUGAGUGCGACAAGCUAGGUGUGUUCCUGAAAGGCUUGCCUCAGGAUGUUGUUGUGUUGCUGGCUGCACAAGGCCCCGCUGUUGUCACUGGUCACGUGCUUCCAACGAAGGAAUUGAAAAAAGUAGGCGCCAAUCAUGCUGAAAAUGUUUCUGCGCAAACUCGCCACGCAGUCAUUGGAUAUAAAGGACAGAUGAAGGGAGUGACGUGGAUAAAGGAGAUCUUGAGCGACAAAGGAUCGACCGAAGUAUCAUCAAGUAUUCCAAUCCGUUUUUCAUACAAACCAAAAGGUAAAGGAAUGACUGCCUUUUUUUUUUUCGUGUUUAGGUGCAGGAUGCUUUUGCGUAAUUAACUGCACUUAGGCAUAUCUAGCCGUCCGUAGCCAUACUAAGGAAUCCCUAGCCAUACUCAACCAUACUUAAGGUGAUUAUUCAGAAAAAAAUAAGUCAUUAAAAACUUUGUCUGUUUCGAAAAAUACAAUAAAAUGAUUUGCAUCUUCGAGGAACGGGCUUCGUGCACGCUUUUAGCUUUAUAUUUUUUCUCUUCGAAGAAUUUUUUUGAUUUCCCCAAUUUAAAGGGGAUAACCUGUACAUAGAAAUCAUCUAAAAAAAUUUAUAUAUAUAUAUAUAUAUAAAUAUAUAUACAUAUAUACAUAUAUAUAUGUAUAUAGGUCACCGUGCUCGUUCUUCUUUACUUGUUCCAGGUAAUUGAUUGAAAAACAAUACUGUGUUCUCGGAAUAUGGGCGCGCUUAUUUGCCUGAUUACGUGAUUUUUAUGCGAAGUAGAGGAUGUGCCGUGUAAUACCGAGGAAUCUCCUUAAUCAUCUAUGGCCAUUCUUGGCUGUACUUGAGAAUAACUAGUACCAGAUCUCCAUUCGAAUACCUGCCCGGACCACUCUAUGCGUGCCUACACCAAUUAGUUACACACUUUCGCCUCAAAGAACCGUUUCGUUCGUGGAAAUGUAGAAGGGGGAUACAACAUCCCCUUCAGGAAUACUCUUAACACUUCCUGCCGCCAGAGCGAGUGUUUUACUUUAUAGUCGCUCAACACCAUGAAAUACGGAUCAAACUGACUCAAGAAAAGACAUAACCUGCCUAAGAUUUGGAGUAGAUGUUUAGGCAACUGUCAAACUGUUUAGUUUUAUCAUUCAUUCACAUUUCUUUCAAAGGAAUCCCAAGUUUUAUGUUUCAUUCUCCGUUUUCUUUAGAUUCUACAUGUUGUACCCCGUUCAAUGUGGCGUCCCAGAAGUAUGGAGGCAGUUGUUUGAAUCAGUCCUCCAGUUGGGGAGCCUUAGAGAUUUGUCAACAUGUCAUUGAUGGAAACAUAAGUGUUGGCUGGAACUCGUCGUUCAAGAAUGAAAGCAUCGAUAGCGUCAACUCUUCUAUCACAAUUGGUUUUCACUCAAUCUUCGUCAUCAAUAAACUAAGAAUAAGGCAAAACGCAACUACCAAUCAACAAAUCCAGGAAAUUUUGUUGGAGUUUAGUGACAGUACCAUGGAAAAGGUACUUCGAUUAAUCGACUAUUUGUGUUUUUCGCUUUAUUUAAAAACUCAAAAUAUCUCAGUUUCUCACGGACAUGAGAAAUUUUUUUGAUAAAUCUUCACUUGGAUGAAGCUAACUUAUUAAUCUAUACACAGCAGGUUAUUUUGUUUUUAAAUUGUAUUUUGCAGAUUACACUGACAGAGAAUCGGUCUGAUUUUGAAGAGUUUUUCUUCACGUCACGUAAGGCACGUUGGGCUAAGUUUACAAUUACAAAAGUGAAUGGUACCAGCGGAGGGGCCUGGAUACAAGAAAUUGAACUUUACGAUGAUAAGUGCGAUCACAGUAAGUAACAAAAAUAAGUUAAAAAUUCCAAAAUAGAAAGCAAACUAAGAUAAGCAAGAUCAAUACCUGAAAUUUAGAAAAAAUUAAUUUGUUUCAAAGGGUUUAAGGUGAAUGAAUUCAUCCUAUAACAAGUUUGCCUCUACCACCUUUGCAUGUUCGCCAACGAACGUAAAUCAAGUCCCCCCCCCCACCACCUUGAAUGAUUUGGGGGCGAACUGGUGAAGGUGAGGGCGAACUCGUUUACGUCAGAGGGCGAACUCGCAGAGGUGAUCGGGGGCAAAUAAUUGGUACACCCAGACGAACCACCCUGCGAUGUUUUGAGCCUUUGGCUGCGACAAGCAAACUUUUCUACACAGUGAGAUAACAGUCAACCACAAAGUAUAAGUUUGGUUGAAUGGAAAAACAACCUAAAUGGGAGGGAAACGAAAAAAAGAUAACAAGGAUGGUUCAAGAUGAAGAACAUUGACACGAAUUAGAAAUGACCAACUUGUAAAGUGUAAGUAACUCCUUAACCCUUUAACUCCCAAGAUCUCAUUAGUAAUUAUCCUUACUGUCUGCCAUACAAUUCUUAUGAUGUCAAUCUGGAGAAUUUUGUAUUGGAUCAACUAAUAAUCCCCUAAUUGAUAUUUCAUUUUAUUCUCAUCACUUCUAUCCUUGAUAUUGUAUUGAUAUUGUAAGGAGAAAUUCUCUCUUAGUCACUGACGAAAAUGACGUUGCAAAUCAAUUUUUCUCACACUUUUUUUCACAAGACUGACUUCUAUUCUGAACUUGCUGCUUUACAACAAAAAGACAUUGACUUAGCCCUAAAGAAAGCUGAUGUGAGGUGAUCCUCGCAAAAACGAAAACAAACUGAUCCUGAGGAAAUCGAAAACGAGGCGACCUUAACAAGGGCGAAAUCGAAUUUCAACUUAAAAAUCUUUACAAAGUAAUAUUCUUAAAAGUCUACCAUGUGCACGAAUAAUUUUGUCCCAAAUGAGCACGAAAACUUCUCACCAGGUUGUGAACGACGCCUGUCAAUUAGUGCUUUUGUUCAACUUUUCUGUCAGAAACAUUCUGUGACACCAUACAGCUUUUGAACCACAGUCGAUCGAUUCACUACCGCUUGCAAAGUAACCAGUUGGCACUCCUGAUCGAAGCUGAGGCUGAUGUUUCGGUGCUUCUCACAAGUGACUCACAAGACACUGAUUAUCAAUACAAGAUUAAGAUUGGUUCAAACGGGAGUAUCACUUUGAGUAGCAAGACCAACGAAUGUGAACAACGGAUCGAAUCGAACGUUACUUUGUUGAAAGACAACGAAACACGGCUAUUCUGGCUGGAUAUACAAACGGACCGGCUGGUGUUUGGUUCCGGAGAACAGGUAUAAUAAAAAAUGCUGCAUUUUCCAUAACUCUUUUUAAAAUGUCAGUAUUUGGGAGUGAGCGAUGGAGCGAGGUGGGCGAGAGAAAAAAGAGACUGAGAGAAGGACACUUCUGUCGCUCGCUCUUCUCUCGUCUCCACUGACCAAAAGCAUGGCUCGGCUGACAUUGAUAGUUCCCUAUCGGUAGAAAGAAACAAAGCAGAAAAAACAAACAUAAAAACAAAUAUCCUUGGUUUAUCAACAGCCAUCUUCUCUUUUGCUUCAUAUAGAUUUACCUAUUCUGGAGAGAAGCAAAACUGAUCAAGAUCAAGUACGCUGUCUUUAACACAACAACUUCCUCAGCCUCGUUUCAGAUCUGUCCAAUCAUGGGUUAGUACUGACAUGAAAUAACAACUAAAGUAAAGUUAAAAGUUACAGAUCUUUGUAAUUGCUGCUUUGGAAAAGCAAUGCUUCUCACCAAUUCAACGGUUCUACUCUUUGUUACUCCUUUGUUAUGUUACUACUUCCCAAUCAGUGGCGUAUGUAACAGUUACGAUUUCGCUUAUUAAGUCGAUAGCAGUGAAAGUGGAUGAUCAGUUUUUUGGCUAGAAUUGGUCAGGGGUGCCAAAAAAUUUUAAUUGACUAUUCGUUAAAUCAAUCACGUCUCCGUCUGAAUACUUCACAGACACAUUUGAUGGCGCUCUCUAUAGUUAACCGCUAUUAAUUCACCGAAAUGGAGAUGAAUGUUUAUCUUGGCCUAUUCAAAAAAAGUGAGAUAAUGUAGCUUAAAAAAGUUGCAAUAUUUUCGGGCACAAAUCCUGCGCGAGUUGCUUGGAGGUUAAUUGCAAAGGAUAUUGGACUUUGAGUUGCUAAUUAGAGUGCGCCUUCAGCGCUAUCCACUGUUUUAGUAUAUACUUAACUGUUAUUACUCUCAAUUUUCUGCCUUCAGGAGUCAUUAAACGUCUCAAUAUCACCGUGAGAUCUGAAGCACGUCACACAGUUGGCAGGAAUUUGCCAAAUGGUUUGGCUUUCAUUUGGGUUAACAAUGAGAACUAUGCUCCACAGAACGAAGGGUACAAUAUUGCAGUUUUUGACGCCCUGUCAGGUUGGUGUAAAGUGUUGAUCAGUCAUGAAAAGAAGGCAAAAGAUGAUUCGUACAUUAAUAAUAUUCUCAUCUUGAGAGUUGUCUGUUAAAUCUCCAGCGAUGUUUAUAGCAGUGGCGGAUCAACACUGAGGGAAGGGGAAAUGGCAACUAGUCUCCUCUCCGCCUUAUAUUUAGACCAAACCCCAAGCUCGUAAGGGUAGAGUGCCAACCACGCUUUAACGUUAAGAACGUGUUUUCGUCUCGAGCAACUGGCUUUAUUUCCAGUGGCAUAGUGUCGUUUGACCUCUUUUGGCGGGCUUUCACAUUUGACAAUCAUUUACCUUCCGAAACUGGAGGGUUGCCUUUGAUAACACCGUGAUUUUAAGGUCAAAACCACGUAACAAACUUUUCAUUUGUCUCACACUGAAAAUUGUAAUUACUUACUUUGGUCAAAUCAAUUUUCAAGAACAGACCCCCAUUACUUCGCAUCCAGACCCCUUGCCAUAACGUGCUGUCCUUUGGUUUGCUCUUACUCUUGCUGGUGGUUACCAAAAUGGAUAAUGGUAGGCUUAGUUUCUCUGUUUUAUCAUGCAGGUCGUUUCCUCACCUCCGCUGCGUUCAACUGCUAUACAAGCCAAGAUGAGUGCGACAAGCUGGGUGUGUUCCUGAAGGGCUUACCUUCGGAUGCUAUAGUUUUGCUGGCAGUACAGGACUCCGCAGUCGGCUCUUACAAACUUCCAACGAGUGACCUAAUCGGCAUUGGUGCACAAAAAGCUAACCGCGUUGUUGGGCAAACUUCUCACGCUGUUAUUGGAUACAAAGGACAGAGAAGUGUGACGUGGAUAAAGGAAAAUUAUAAAGAGAGCGGUGGAGAACCGGCUGUAGUGUCAUCAAGCAUUCCAAUUAGCUUUCUGUACCUACCAGAAGGUAAAAGAAAAACUCUGUUACUUUUAGGGUGGGGCGGGAGCUUUUUCUCUUUUUUACUAUUUGAGUUCGAAUCUAUUUUAUACUCGCUUUUUUUUUUUAACUUUUUAGGGACCAGUCAUGAUGUGAUCCCCUGUAAGGCUCUGUAUUUUAAAUAUGAUCCCUCUUCAUUGGAAGUUAACUAGCUGUAAAUUUUCAAUGGCCUUUAUACUCUCAUGGCGACGACUGAUUUCCCCCUCCCAUUCCUCCCGAAAACCAUGUGUGACUUACCCACCUCCCCCCCUUUAGAAAAUCACCUUACCCCCCCAGGCUGUAAACGAGGGCUGGUACUUUAUUUUACGCCUUUUGGCCCGAGCAACACGGAUAGUACUGUUAUCUUCACUACUUUCUUUUGCAAAAGCUUUUUAUCUCUAUCCCUCUCAGAUUCCACAAGCUGUACUCCGUUCAACGUGGCUUCACAAAAGUAUGGAGGCAGCUGUUUGAAUCAGUCCUCGAGUAGCGGAGCUUCGAGUGGCUGCGAAAAAGUCCUUGAUGAGAGCACAGCUAUUGGCUGGAAGUUGUCUACGAAUGAGAGCAUCCACUCCUUUUUCGAAAUCGGUUUUCACUCCACUUUCAUCAUCAACAAGCUGCGAAUCAUGCAAAUGACGACUCCAGGACGACGGAUCCAAAACAUUUUGUUGGAGUUUAGCGACCAUUCAGAAGAAAAUGUAAGGAACUAUUUCUUUGACGAGCUGGGUCGCAAUACUUGAUGCUAAUCGAUCUAACUACGUUACUGGGGAUUUAAAGUCAUGGUUAAGGAAAAUACAUAAAAUGAAUAGACAAGCUUGAUUGUCCAGUCUACAUGUACCAUAUUUUUCAUUCAUUCGCACUGAAAAGUUCCUGAAAAGACAGUACUCACGAUGUAUCUGUGGUAGGCGUGAACCAAACUUUGCUCAAAAAUGUGAGAAUCUGUUUUAAAUAGAGACCAGCCUUUGUGUUUUGCAACCUACACAUAUCUAUACAAAUAGAUAUGACAUUUUCCUUUGUUUAAUUUUUCUUUUUUUCAUUGUAUACUGCAGAUCAGCCUUAAAGAAAAAUCAUUUGAUUUUGAGGAGUUUGUCUUCUCAUUCCGCAAAGUAGACUGGGUUAGAUUUACAAUAACAGAUGUGUAUAAUGGCAGCGGGGGAGUUGGAAUACAGGAAAUUGAAUUCUACAAUGGAAUGUGCAAACAAAGUAAGUUGUUAAAGAAAGUUGCCGUUAAUAGCAAGUAAGUACAGUAAACAAAGUAAUUGGUUUUUGCAAAUCAGACUAUUGCCGGCAAGAAUGUACAGGUUAGGUUAAUGGCGGAAUACAGGCGUGAAGAAAUAAAUAAACAAAAUGUAAGAGGAACGAGCGAACUGCACAUGUACUGAUUGAAUGAAUGACUAUAAAAUCCAAAUUACUUCAUGACUGUCUGUCAUUAUUUAAAUUAUUUCUGACUAUCUGUCUGUCUGUCUGACUGAGUGACUCACCUGACUGCCUGGAUGAACGGACCAAUGAAUGAAUGCGGAGUGAAUAAAAACAACGUCUAUGAAUAGCUUUACAAGCAUCAAUAUCCCUUUUUGUAAAGUUCUUGUAUGUCUAUUAAUUGGAGGAAAUGGUAACUCUCUUUUCUUUUAUUGAUAUACCAUUACCAGUCUAAAGGAGCUUCACUUUGCUUACAACCAGGGCAAGCCUUCAGGAAGUCCUGUAAUUUCUCUUUGUAUUUCUUUUAGAAACAAUUUGUGACGCCAUCCAGCUCUUAAGCCACAGCCAAUCAGUUCCCUACCGUCUACACUCCACUCAGUUCCCGCUGAUGGUCAACUCAAGAGACAAUGUCUCAGUGUCACUCACAAGUACUUCACGCGUCGACAGCCAUGGAUAUAAGAUUGAAAUUAUUGCCAAUGGGGAAGUGAUCUUGAAAAGUAACGAUGACGAGAUUAAACAAGUGAUGAAAUCCAACGUUACUCUGUUAAAAGAAAACGAAACACGGCUAUUUUGGGUGGAGAUACAAGCGGAACGAUUGGUUUUUGGUUCCGGAGAUAAGGUAUGAUAAGUUCUCAUUGGCUGAAUCAGUUGUAGACGUAUUUUAGUUCAACUUCCGAUCUAUUGAACAACAGACGCAUAGAUAACGACAUUAUUAGCAAAAAUUUUCUUUUUUAUCACACGAAACAAAUAAAUUCCGUGUUGCCGUAGGUCUGUACAGUAAUACGUCUCAGAAGACGCCAAAAUCUGGUGAGAACAUUAGCUCCAUGUGAGCCACUUUUUUGUUCUGACCACAUUUUGAAGUUAACUGUCAUCUAUUACCGAACAGACACGCGGUUGCAUGGAAUCUAUUUGUUGAAUAGACAGUCUGCGUCAGUUUAGUGACCAGAAAUAUCUGCCAAUCCUUUGAUGAAGCUUGUUACCAUUCUUCCUCCCAAAUAUCUUACUAAUUGAACAGCUCACCUUAGAAAAAUUUUAGUGGUCUCUGAAGCCGCGAAUUUCUUUCACCCUGCCCAUAAAUAUAUCCCCAAGAAAGCAAACACUUCACGUCACAUUGUCGAGCUUUGACGAUCUUGAAUAUGGAAGAACUUGCUAAAUAUGAGAUGUACCCCGUGAGACGCUAUUUACGAUGUAAAGGUUGAUUUGAAUAACUUUCGAAUCAGCGAUAUUUGUAUGUUUCAAACAGCACACUUUUUUUAGAAAUCUCGUAUCAUUAAUUGAAGAAAUAUUGUCAUGAUAGAUUUACCUGUUCUGGAGGGAUGCGAAACCAAUCAAGACAAAGUAUGCUUUCUUCUCAACAACGAGUUCAACAGCCAUGAUCCAGGUCUGUGCACGUAUAGGUAAGUAAUUUUUUUUUUUUAUAAAAUUCAGAGACAGUUACUUAAAUCAGUAGUAUUUAUCGUUAACACUUACAGUGGCACAGCACGGCUACUUUUACCGUAAUUCAUAAUGAAUUCACUAGAUUCAGCACUGAAAAUCAGCGCUUACGACCGAAGGAAGUAAAGGUGACAAGUAAUGUAGAUUAAAUUUCCUCUUCGUUUCCCCUUAAAUCAGAUUACUAAGUUUUGGGCGAGUGACUUCGGCCGGUGACACUGCCGCACUGUAACACAACAAAGACUUUUCCGGUGCAGAGGCAUCACUUCGAUAAAUGGUAGCUAAUUUCAAAGGGGGGAACGCUGAGAUACCUGUAGUGAGUUCAAGAGGCGCGGAUUCCUUCACGACCCCUCAUCAGCGCCUCUUGUCAGUCUAUCGCUCAUUUGUCUGUGCCCCUGAAACGCGUAGCAGGCCACAUUCCACGAUUUUCACUUGACGUAUUUUUCAGAUUAUUGCUACAAAGACGCUUCUCAUUAUUGGCCAUUGGACAAGUCCACAUUUUAUCAACAAGAUUUGAAAGGUGACCAAUCUCUGCCGGGAAAGAUACACGGUCCGUGGAUCCUACAUUACGUACCUGCCAACUUAAGCUUCACACCGCUGGCACUUUCCCCCUCUGGCUCGCAUUCUUGGAUUGAUCUUGGUUCCAAAAAAGACAACGAAGAAAGCUGUCUUUUCAACCCUUUGCAUUGCCAGAACGGAAUUUCUGUUAGCUUUAAAGCCAAUCUUUCAGCAAACGGAACUGGUUAUAUUUUAUCUUCAGGCGGGCAAGGCUCAGGUGGUUUUUCAAUUUACCAUGUCGAUGAUGUCAUGCAUUUUAAUCUGCGUGAUGGUCAGCGGAUCUGGCAGGUCCAGGGAUCGUAUGAAAAGAACGCAUGGCACGCAUUUGUGGUGAGCUGGAGUCAAGGAGACGGUCUAACCGCAGUUAUUAGCGGAGAGUCAACCAGUGUGUUGCGUGACACAGCUGGAAGGAUUUUCACGCCAAAGCAAGCCUCUCACUCUUCUUUGAGAAUAGGUCCAGGAGUCCAUGCAGAUGUUGUGCUAAGAGAUGUAGCCAUAUGGGAAGACGCAAUUGCUGAGGAGAGGAUGUCGACACUGCUCGGCUGUAACGGUGAGCGUACGAAGAUCUUCAUUCUACAAAAUGCAUUUUUCUCUUCGCUAUCUCGCCUAAGGAGUCCGUAAGUUAUUCACGCGAAAAAUUUAUUAUAACCAACAGGAAAUUCUGAUCCGGUGGUUUACAUGUAUCUUAUUCAACUCCUUCUGAAGGGACGAUGAAAUAGAUAGAUAGAGAGACACCUUUAUUUAAAAAUAACCGAUGGUGAAACUCAGGGUAGUCCUGUCAGAAGCCUAACGGUAGAGUUUCCUGCCAUCACUAGGAGCCCUGAGUUUAAAUAUAUUCUGAAUACCAAUUCAUAAAAAGUAUCUGUAAAAACAUUUACAAUAUACGUGAUCUAGUGAUAGAUGCAACAUUUUUGAUACAAUUGAAGAUGUCUUUUAUGUCAGAAUUGUCACGGUAAGAAUGCCACAGGGUGUUUUGUUUCAGCGCUGAUUCGGUAACAGUUUAUCUUAAUUCCCUAUCACAGUUCCUUGGAAUUACUUGGGUUGCUAUGAAGACAGUACGAUUUUACCAAGGUUCGUUUUCAAUCCAGGUGAUUACCGAGUUAGCAGAAUGACUCCUGGUCUUUGCAUGCACUUGUGCGGCAAUUUCAACUUCAGUUAUGCAGGAUUGAGGGAUGACAACAUAUGUCUGUGUUCCAAUUCUACGGCAAACGUGACAGAACGUCCUCGAGAUCUGUGCCUAUCUGCGUGCCUUGGUGCUGGAAAUCUUAAGUGCGGUGGAGGAUCUUACCUAUCCGUUUACAAGUCAGUCCAAGUGCAACCUCUAACCUUAAACCUGUCAGCUGAUUCUUCCGCUGUGGCUCUCACCGCGUUCAACUUAAAAAUAAAAAUAUUACCUUCUCUCUCAGAGGACCAAAUUGUUGAGUCUUACGUACUAUUUGUGGGGGACGGUGUGAACUUUUUGAAUUAUAAUGAGACGAAGUCUGAAGCUACGCUUAUAUUCAGUGACCCGGGAAACUACCCCAUUAAGGGGAGAGCGAUUGUAAAACAUACAAAAACUGGCCAUCGGUCAGCGGUGGAGUCUUUCAUGAUAACACCAGCGGUGUCUAAUGUUACGGAUAUCGCGUUCAUCUGUCCUACGGCGUAUCCUGUGAAUUUUACGUUCAGCUGCUCUCUGCAAUUUAGUCAAGGAACAAACGUGAACGCUACUAUAGAGUUUGAAGGAGGAUAUUACAGUUCUGGUUUUGUUCCGGGUAAGUUUUGCUACACUGAUAAUCUAGUGAAUUUGUCGGACUGUUUGGAGACUACAUUCAUAUGUCUUUGAGUUAGCCACUUAAUCAGUCAGUCAGUCAGUCAGUCAGUCCGUAUGUCAGUCAGUCAGACAGUCAGUAGACAGUCAGUCAGUUGGUCGGUCAGUUAGUCAGUCCGUCAAAUGAAUAGAGGGGGUUCGUUUCUGAGGAAACUGUGGUGCUGCGUCAGUGGGGACCGAGUGUAACAUGACAAUUUAGUUUUAUCAGUUCAACUGAGUUGAUAAUGCGCACUGACCACCAUAAAACUAACGUUUAGAUUGUUAGCCAUUCGUCAGAGCCGUCAGUCAGUCGGACAGUCAAUCAGGCAGACAGGCAGGCACUCACUCUAUUGAGCAGGAGGUAAACAGCAAAGAAUCAGAUAUUCAGUCAGUAAGAUAGAAAAACAGACUGUCAUUCGGGCAGUCGGUCGUGCAUGCAGGCAAGUAGACCGGCAAUGGACAGUGAUUUGUUUUUUUAGCGCAAGCAAUAUAUUUUUAUGUAUAGAUGCCAUGAUAAUGACUGCGGGCAUACCAGUUUCUGACCCAGGGGGCCAGGUUACUUCUGACGGACUGUACCUGUUACCUACAAUGGACGUCACAAACAAAGGAAAAGCUGUGGCUUUUGAAAUGGAUGUCGAUCGAGGAGGCUUCCUAGAAAUCAAGGUACCUAUGAGUAGAAGUUUUUUCGCCUGAAUAUUCUAAUUCUGUGUUUGAAGAAAAAGGAAUCCCUGCAAAAAUGUCUUCCGAAAUCAUUUCUUUUAAAUUUUUGUUUUAAUACGUUUUUAAAUUUAUUUUCUUCAUUCAAAAGUAUCACAAAGUUGCCAUUGUAUAAUAGAAAGAAGUAAGUAUUAAUGAUGCAACAAAACUGGCCUUUGUCUUCACCUCCCCACCCCUCCCCCCUUCAGCUGUACCAAUUCUUGACUAAAACCAGUUCUCUGAGUUUUUGUUCUUUCUGAGUUUUAUUCUGGGUCGUAGAGCUGUGUAUCUCUGGGUAUCUGUAUUCUCAUGUUUAAUUUUGCCUGGAUUUAACACUACGUGUCAGUGACACGAAGUACAAAAUUUUAAACCUUUGUAACUUGGCUUUACAGAACAUAUCAUAUUUGGAUUGUAAAAUUGCAGUAAAUUGUUGCCAACACGUAAAGCCAAUUUUUACAGUCCAGAACCUAGAAUUGCUUGAAUACUCAAAAGUGUUGUUUCUGUGAGCGUUUUCCAUGGAUUCGCGGAAUAAAGACAACAGCUCUAUUUUUAAUUUGUGUGCCCUAGGUUUAUCGCCCGAAGUGUUUAGAUUCCAAGCAGCGUUACUGUCGAGUACAAAGGAUGUGUGAUUCCUCUGUUGGUUGCUGGGAUGGUAAUAAAACAUUUAGCUUUGAAGGAAAACAGUGCGUCAAGGAAGAUGGGGCAUUCAGCGAAAACAAAACGACGUCCCAAGCAAACUUUGAUUACGAAAAUAUCUCAAAUUGUACGAUUCAGACAACCAGCGGCCAUAAGGUUAUUUUAGUCGAGAGUUGCACUCAGCAACUUGAGGUUGAAGAAGGCGAUGUCAUUGCUGUGCAAUUUCCUUCUUCUAAGCCAGGUGCGGCAAUUAAAACAAGUUUGUCAAGUAUUUCUCUUUUUUAUAACACGUCGCUCUCAGGUGGUACCGAAAUUCUUCGCAGUAAUCGCCAUCCGGUAACAGCUUCAAGUCCAACAGAACUUCGUCAUGCGCCCGCAAUAGCCAUUUUAUACACCGCAUUGUCUGGGAGAAGCGUUGAUCAUCUAUAUCAGACACCCGGAAAUAAAUCAGUUUCUCUUACACUAAAGAAUUCAUACGGCAAGUUCAACUUUACAGCACAGAUUUUUGUCCAAGAACCGAUAAAAGGACUCGAGUUAAGCUCGCCUGACACUUUCGCAUUGUUAGAACCCGUUAAUAUCACCACUGAUAAAACUAGUGGCACUGAUUUAACAUACUAUUGGGAAUUCAGCGACGGUGAAAAGAGCAUAACGUUUUCUCCGUUUGUGACCCACAAUUUUACGAGUAUCGGAGAAGUGGAUAUCUUUGUCUUUGCGACAAACGAUGUAAGCUUAGCUUCUUUUCGGUGUUCGGUUGAUGUUCAGGAAAGAAUUGAAGGCUUAAAAUUUAGGAACAAUUCCCUUUUGCCCGUUGAAAAUGGAACACUAGUUAGCAUUGACUGGCUUCUUCGUAAAGGAUCACACGUUAACUUUAACUUCAGCAUCACAUCCAAGGAGUCUGGAUACAAGUUUAACAAGUAUUUUGAUAACGCCAAGACCGUUAAUACAAUAUUGUUCUCCAUUUAUAAAACAAAAUUCAGUAUCCCUGACUUGUACCUCAUCACAAUCAUAGCUGCAAAUAGGGUAAACAAUUUGACUCUCAGAGGAAACUUGAGCGUAGAGCAAAAUCUUACCAGUAUUGAAAUGAAAUUUCCUCCUUUGGUAAAAACAAACCAUAAAUUUAAAUUCGUCAUGUCGCCCCACCAAGGAGACAGAACAGCCACUUAUACUCUGAAUAUUACUGGAGGGAUGGAUUCCAUAUUUAAGAAAAUUAACACCUAUCAAAAAAGUAUAUCAUAUGUGUACAAAAAGGCGGGAAACUACUCAGUCGUCUUAAGUGCUGUGAACGAUAUCAGUUCACUCGUCCAAGGCUACUCAAACAUGAUCGUUCAAGACGAGAUAAAAAGUUUUUCUUUCAAUGACCCAGCUGGUGAUGUUAUCAUACAGAAUAAGAGUGAAAGGGUAAACAUAAGGUGGUCGUUAAUUCAAGGAACGGAUGUAGAAAUUGUUAUUGACUACGGUGACGGUUACAACGAAUCUUGGGUCAUCCCAAAUGAGAACAUACUUUACACAAACACAACAACCUAUGAUUACAAGGAACCUGGAGAAUAUACCAUCAGUUUCAAAGCCAAGAAUCUUGUGAGUGAAAAGUCAUUAAACAAGACAGUUUACGUUGAUCCAUAUGAACUUGACAUCAGGUGAGUACUUUAACUGUAGAGCAAGCAAUGACGAAUACAACCCCUUCUUAGUUCUUCAAAUCAGGGUCAGAAUCGAAAUUUUCUAGGUAAUCCCGCACAUCAUCAUUCGGACGAUUUAAACUGCCUUUACUUCCUCUUCGUCGAAUAACUACUCGGAUGUGAAAUGAAAAAGUCUGCUCCUUGUUGCUUUGAUGUAAGGAGAUUUAGACAGGAUUAUUCACCUAUGCUCGUAAUUUGAUACUAAAAGCGUGUAGAGAGUUACCGAUUCUGUUUUCGGGGGUGGGGGUGUGUUUGGGAGCAAUUUUUAUUUGGGUGUCUUCGUAAUCCCGCAAUUACAUUUCUUUGACUUGCUUCACGCUUAACUUGGUAUUGUUCAGUUGAAGUCGCUCACCUUUCUCAACGUCUUGGUCACGCGCGUGUUUCCCCGUUUUUGAAAUUUACAUCUAUUAUCCAACGAUUUCAUGGGCUCUUUGAGAUAAUUAACUCUGUUAUGAUUGACCGUCAUGAUUAGUUUGUUUUUGGUUCUAAAAGCGACAACAACACAGAAUCGAAAAUACAAACUAAAGUUUAACGCCACUCUGGUACUCAUUUCGAAAUGGUUUACAUGUAGUCAGAGGGUAAGUGUCAGUAUCUGAGCAACUGCGCACCUACCCCUCCCUUAACCCGACAAAAUUCGUCUAAUAACAGUGUUAGUGUUAUAGUCGAGAUAGGGUAGGGGUAGGUGCGCGACUGCUCAGAUCAAUGACCUUGAACCGAGUGAAAAUAAAUUUAUUGAGCACAAAUUUAUUAUUCUUCCUUCGUUUCAGCUGUGCGCAAUGUGGGAAGGAAGGAAACCGAUAUGUUGCUAACCCUUCCAGCAAAAUAACGUUUAAAGGAUAUGGAGAAACCAAAGGAGGCAAAUCGAUCAAAUUCAAGUGGAAAGUAAAAAAUUGUUCUGCAGACGGGAACGACUGCUCAGUGGCGAUGGACUUGAAGGGUUAUAACAGCACCCCAUUGAAUUGGAAAUAUUUUGUUAUUAGACCCGACAAACUUCAAGGUAACCUACAUAACUUGACAUAAGAGGGCGUUACUAGGCAUAACAACGAAACAGAAUGAAAAUAACUUAAGUUAUUGUACCAUUACAAAACGUACAUUCUGGUGACAUGAUGUCGCAGCAUGAGGCAACUCUACAAGCGUAAUGUCACGUGAGGUUUCAUGACUCAUCUUAACCCUUUAGCUCCAGAAGUGAUUGACAUAUUAAUUCUCCCACUAAUAUCCAUACACCAUUUAGCAAACAGGUAAUGAGAAUACUCGAACUUAUCAGGUAGAAGUUGUUAUCUUGAUUCAAAAUCAAACUCUUGUAACUUAUUCACAAAUAAAUAUAUAGCAACUUGAGGGGAGAAUUAAUAUUUAGAUCUUGGAAGUCAAAGGGUUAAAAGUGAUGCGCUAUGUUACUAAAAAUAGAUUUGUCACUAGAGAGUGUCGCACAGACUCAGACAAAUUUCAAACCAGGAACAUUAUCGUCAUCACAGGUUAAAACCGUUAGAGAUGGAUGCAAAGCGCCCUCCAUUCAUAUGCAUUUUCCUUAUCACAGACUUGUAUGUCUGAGUCACGAGGGGAGGUCUGAAAACUCCUGACGUCUUAAGUGCGCUGCGCUAUUUAAAGUAACGUCACGUAACCUGUUGGAGUAUAACUUGACGUCACCCGACGUAAAAGAACGUCACACAGCGUUUCGUAUGAAAUGAUAAAAAUGUGUUUCUUCUUAAAGAGGUCUAGAGGGGACAACUUCCAUAUUUUGUUUUGUAGGUGGUGUAAUAUAUAAGAUCAUCUUAUUUGGAAAUGUUGUCGGUGGAAAGGAAAGAGCAAAAGAAGUAACAGUCAGGGCGAACACGCCUCCUUCAAAAGGGAAUUGUACAGUCACGCCGACGGAGGGCCAAGCUCUGGAAACGCUUUUCAACUUGACCUGUAAUGGAUUCAAUGACACCGAUAAACCAAUAUACUAUGAAUUUCUGUACUCCAAGAGUCCGAGAGACUUAAACCAAAGUUUAGGUAGUGGACCAGACCCUUGGCAGAAUAAUGUUAUCCUUUCUAGUGGGGACAACAUCACAAUAUACGCCAAAGUUUCGGACUCAGAAGGGGCCACCACAAUCGUAACGUUCACAUCAGCUGUUAAGGUAAGUGAACGCGUCGAUAUUUGAUGCAAGCAAUCCAGGUCAUCCAAGGAAACAGUCAUCACCUAUCACCCGAGGGGUCGUAGGAUUUACCUGAUUUUCCCCCCCCCCCUCAAUGGCAGUUAAUUUUCUAAAGUACCCCCUUUCAUACUCUGUUGGCGAUGACUGGUCUCCCCUCCGUCCUCUCUAAAAACCAUCUGAUUCCCCCAAAAUCCUCCCACACCCCCACCUUAGGCGAUAGAGUGACUGGUCCCUAACUUUAAGCUAGCUCUGAAUAUAUUGCUCUCUUGCUAAAAGGUCAGUAACUUAAUCUGUAGGGAUGCAACAUUAUUUGCGCAUCUUGAACAUUUUUGUCUUACUUUUGUGGGUUUAUUAUUUGCAAUCUGCGGCAAGCUUCUCCAUUCCUUGGUAUAUCAUUAUCUUUUUACUUUACUGUAAUAGUAUUUUCCGUCAUCUUCAGGGUGAUGGUUCAUAUGCUAAGGAAAAUAAGUCUCCAAAAAUCGUAAGGUAGCUCCCUUAAAUUCUUUGGUAUUGGCGUGAAUUAAAAAAGAUGAUCUGAGUUCCCCGUGAGAACUCUUUCUAACCCUCUGGAUUGAGUUAGGCUCUCGGUUUUCAAUGGCAGUAAUGCUAGCCAAAAACUGCAAGGGUCUUGGCAGUAAACAGACAAACAAUAGCGACCUUUUUCUCCAAAAACCGCCAUUAACGACUCUCGCGUUUUUUUGUUUGUCUUCAUUGAGCAAGUACCUAGAAGAAGGCCACUACCUUAGGAGCCAAGGAAGUUUUUCUCUUUGGCGUAGGAAUAACGUAAUGAAGUAAGCGUCUUUAAACUAGGCCAUUAGUAUAUGAUUAUUGGUGUUUAUUGAUGUUGUAGGUAAAAACACUGCCCGUAAGCUACGCAGACAUGACAAAAAAAGCUGAGGGACUUCUGAAUUCUACUAAAGGAGACAUGAGGCGCACCACGUCUAUUGCUCUCACCACUGCUGAGGUUUUGAACGAAAAGAGUGCGUCAACCCAAAGUGAUGAAAGCGAGGUGGAAAAAAAAGUGGAGGUAAACUUACGAUAGGUUAAAACUUGUACACUGAAAAGGUUGACAUUGGUGUAAAUGCAGCCUCGUGUGAAGUUGAAGGUUUCAUACAACACGUACCCUAAAUAACAAAGAGUUCCAAGGAAAAUAUGACGUUUGAAUGAUGUAUGAUCGUUAGUCUCACUAUACAGUCCUUACAAUGUUGUUACACGGUGAGCAAAACGACUACACCCAAUUACAAGCGUAUUGGUCACGUUUUCCAGCUGCAAUAUUUUUUCACAAUGUUGAUAAAAAGCCUGUCAAGUGAUAUAAAAUGUUUAAACGGUGCAGUUUCAGAACAGUUAAACAUUCGAUAGCGUAAUACAAUAUUUAUCUGUGACUUGUUGGUUUGCAGAGCAGCCGCUCGGUGAGAACUGGAUUAUCUCACGCAUUAGAAAGAAGACACGCGUACUGUGAGUCGUGUGCGUGUGGGUACUCACCUGGAUUUACCCACGCGUGUACCCAUGCAUUUGUUCUGUCGGCGGCAUGGUGAAAAACUCGUCUUGUGUGUCAUGCGCGCGUGACCAUUCCAUCGUGUGCGCGUGAAUUUUCGAUCGCGUUUACACUUGCCUGUGACUGCUAGGCAGGCUAGUUCGAUGUUUAUUAACUACACGUUUGUUUUCUCGACAGCUGAGAGAAAAACUUGUGGAAUAUGUGGAAUCUAGCGUUAGAGCGACACUGAAUACCAGCGUGUCGGAUGUUAGACAAAUUGCUGGCACUCUUACUGUGGUAACAAGCAAACCCGAACAAAACACAAAUAUUAUGUUGGUAGGUGCCCGUGUUUGUGCUCUGUUUCUUUCACCUUCUUCAUUAGCAAUUCUCUUCACUGUCUGCCAAAUGAUUUUCGUUGUGUUAGUUUGGAGAAUUUGGUAUCGGAUCAAUUAGUAAUUCCAUAAUUGAUAUUUUUCUUUAUUCUCAUCACCUGUCUGCAUGACAUUGUAUAGAUGUAGUACGAAGAAAAUUCUGUCUUGGUCACCCACGGGAGUUAAAGGAUUAAGAUUUAACUCAAGUCUCAGUUUUAUUUUACUCCAGAGCAUAGGCUUCCUGAAAAAGGAACGAUUAAAAAUUGUACGUGCAUCAAGAAUUUAGUACAAUGCUUCUUUUAAAUGGAGGGAGAAAUGAAAAGAAAAAGAGACGAUAAACUUUGGAGCUGGGGCAAGAAUCAUUGCAAAACGUAUCAGUGGCAAAACGCCAGGUCACGGAAUUGAACCUGGGUCACAGCGCUGCGUGGAAAGUGCGAAAUUUUUUCAGGACAUUACUCUUCCCUAUCAUACAACGAUUAUGAGCUGAACAAUAGUAGCACGGUUGUCCAAUCACAGUGAGGCUAUUCUCUCAAAACAGAAUGUGUUAAGCAAUGAUUGUGUAGCGGGAAAUGCAGCUGGUAUAGAAGACUGAGUUUAACUAACACUAACUUACACUAAACUGUCGUGUUGACGUUUUUGUUUUAUAUAUGGUAAAGCCCUAUCUCUGUUGUGUCGUCUUAAACAGGAGAAACUCUCCGACCUCUAUGAUAACGCAAGUAAAACAAUCUUCGAAAUUGCUAUCCACAAAAGGGCACCUAGCGAGAAAUUAAAAGAGGCAUCGGCAGCAGUGCUGAACGGAGCCGUUAAUCUCAUCAGAACGGUGAACUUCACUCGAGGAGGUGAAAAGGUAAGAUAUGCAUUUGGUUCAGUUGAAAAUCGUUGUGAUGAUGCGUGAUGCAAUGCAAGUACAUUUUGCGGAAGAGAAUAACAAUUAAUAAUUUAUUACUUAUAUAGCGCAAAAUACAUGUGGAUAUGAUCUAAUGCGCUAAGAGAGAAAAGACGACUGAACGGAUUAAAUUAGAAGUCGCCGCCACUCUUCGCUGGGAUUUUUGUCGCGGAAACGAUUUUUGGUGUGAAAUUGAUAAUUUCUGUGAAAGUCUUUUUCCUCAACGAAAUUUGUGCAAUAAUCGCCGUGAUAAGGUGUCUAGGUACGAGGGCGCGAGAGCUUUUUGCGAGUUAUGCCUACGAGGCAAGUCAUCGUAACUUGUUUCGGUAAUCGACGACUUAACAGUAACAGUACUUUCCUCGAGAAUAAAGUGUCUAUCUUACCCAAGCACAAGGCAGCAGCGUGACCCAGUCCCCAGCUAGGGGUUGUAUCCGCACCUUUCGAUCUGGAGUCCCGCGCGCUGAGCAUCAGACUUCCAAAGUCUCACAGACUUUAUAUGUAGAAGUUAAUUUAAGCGUUACGUUUGAAAAGGUUUUGUUUCGUUUCAUAAGCUGUCGUCUAAGAUAGCACUAUGUUUUUUAGUUGCCGUUUGAAGACUCGAACACAACAGAAAAAAAUACAACAGAGAGAGUCAUCGGAACGCUUGAUAGACUGUCGCAAGCUCUUGUAAUUUCAAUGGUCGAUGGAGAGGAGCCAACGACUAUCGACAAUGAAGUUCUCUCAAUGGGACUUUCACUUGAAGGUGCUGAGUUUAUCGGCAAGAAGCCCUACAAAGUUGGUGACAGUGAAGUGAAGAUUCCAGAAGGAACGAUUGAGCUAGGAGAUGAAAUCCUCAAUCAAGUGGUAUGUUGAGUUUGAUAUGGUAACUAAACCCUCCAAAGGUUUAAAUAGUUAGAGAACAAAUUCGUAUAUUCCUUCGAUUUGUUUUUCUUAGAGCAUACUUUCUGCGAUAAAACUGUUCCCCGAGGGAAACGACUCUGGCCGCCUAAAUGACAGCAAGUUCGUACGCUUUUCAUUGUUCGAGGUAAAUGCUGCCGACAACAGUCGCAAAGCUGAGCAUGAAGUGAAAAAUCUGACGACUGGGAAAGAAAUCAGUGUCAUAAUCCCGCUAACUCUUACGCAAUUGGACAGAAGUUUACGUCGGGCUGAGAGGAAGCUGUUUCUGUCUCAAUACAGUGCGUAUUCGUUUGAAAUUAAAGACAAUAUUUCUACCGUCACGUUUGAAGUUACAACGGAGGCUCCUGUCGAUGUCGAGAUAUUUGUCACCAUAGGCCGUGAACCUAACAUAUCCCAGCAUUUGUUCAACUUCAGCGCUAACUUCUUGGCUGAGAAUUACAUUUUACAAAACAAGGUGGCAAAUUUGUCGAAUUCAACUCUUCAGUCCUAUUCCCACAGAUUACUUUUGGCUGAUGAUGUCGUAAAUUUCACAGUUGCUGGAAGAUACUUCGCCAAGAUCAUCUUCAAGAAGCCCAGCAAUCUCACAUGGCUCCCUGACGAAAUAUUCACUGAAGAAAUAGAUUAUAACAUCUCUGUUUAUCGAUCUUGGUGUAUGUUCUUCGACGAGGGAAAUAAUUCCUUGUCAACAGAGGGAGUCAAGGUAAAGAAACUUGGACAUUUUUACUGAGGGGGAAAGACCAGUCGUUAUGCAUCACCUUGCGGGGGAGGGGGGGGGCGUUGACGGAUCCACAUGGUUUUCAACGGGGAUCAGUCGUUGGCAACAGAGUUUAAAGGGAAAGAUAACAGUGACGUGAGUCCACGAUUAGGGAUGCAGUCUCAGUUUGAGAUAUUCCAGACAGAGUCGUCAUACAUUGUUACAAAUCCAAUUUCAGGGAAGGAAGAGAUAUUCAGGGUUAAAAAGUAGUCUCACACUUAAGAGUGUUCGCUUUUUACUCAGUCUUUUACCUUAAUUUGAACGAUGUUCUGAUCAGUUCUGUGUUGUGAAAUACGAGUUACAAGGAAAAAUGAUUGAAAUGUGUGCAAUCCGAGACGCCAUAGGGAACUCUGUGUACUUAUCCAUAAAGAGGGUCGUGAGACCAUGACCCUGGCUUUAUCAAGCUUGGGAAAGUGCAUUUUGGUUCCUCAAUACAACUCAUGCGGUGUUUCAUGUUUUCUCUUUUUUGUGAUAGGUGGGGCCGAAAACAAACCUCACUCACGUCGAAUGCCUUACCACGCACUUGACUACAUUUGGAAGCGAUUUCUUUGUGCCACCGAACAGAUUGGACUUUAACGAGUUUAGUCUGCAUGAACUGUUUCAGAGCCCUCACGCUCUGAUUGCAGUGUGUACAAUUCUUGGUCUUUACUUUCUGUGUCUAAUCGUUGUCAUACGUGCCGAUAAGAACGACGCAUUAAAGGUAAUCAUUGUGUCCUAAGUUAUGACAGAGCAAUGUAACCAUGAGCAAAAAAAGACUUUCUGCCUUGUUUUCUUGAUUUCUUGAAUCGUUGUUGAUUUGGAAUUGCUGUCAUAAUAACUUUAUUUUUUUACAAGAACAUAGGAUCUUUAUAUGAUUUCAACGCUUACUUUUGUUUCUCUCUGUCUUCUUAUCGAGGGUUGUGUUAGUUACGAAGAAAUCAGACUAAGGAAAUUUCUCUACCUUGCACUCUCUUCUAACAUGCAGAAAAACAGUUUGAGUGACUUAAGUCCUUAAUUUUCAAUACUAAGUUUAAAUGUCAGUCGGAUUUAAUUUCCUUACCUAUCAAAAUAUCUUAUAAUGUUAUUUUUGCAGGCAGGAGUAACUCCACUCCUUGAUAACGAUUCUCGGGAUACGUAUUGUUACCAGAUUCAAGUUCAUACUGGUUUUAUUCGCGGAGCUGGCACGAGUGCUGAAGUAUCUAUAGUUCUCACUGGCGCUUUGGGCGACAGCGAACCUCGACUUCUGAAAGAUCCGAAAAGAAAAACUUUCAAGACAGGUUUGUUAUCUCGCUUUGUUUGCCUUUUGCAAAUUAUGGGAAACCCCUUCCCAGUUGGAUUAUGAACGAAGCCAGAAAAAUGAAGUUAAAAUCAAUAAGGAAUGCGCGCGCAUGAUUUUUUACCAACACCAUUAGCUAUGCUUAUACUAAGGGCAUAUACAUAUAAGGGUAUGGUUUAGAGUGUGUCACAGAAGGGUAAGCUGGUUAUACUGGCAUAUAAUGUUACUUUGUCAAGUUACAGCAAAAAGGUAUAUUUUAAAAGAAGGGUUUUAAAAAGAUAAAAAUGGUUCAUAUACGUAAGUAGCGAGUCAAGGUUGAAUUCUUCUCUUCGCUAGGAGCUGUCGAUGCCUUUCUUUUAAUCGUUCCCCAGUCGCUUGGAAACUUGAAACAGAUUCGCGUGUGGCACAACAACGGUGGGACCUUUCCAUCGUGGAAUCUUCUGCGCAUCAUGAUCCAAGACAUACAAACUGAUCAGAGGUGGUGGUUUGUUUGUGACAACUGGCUGGCGGUCGAGGAAGGUGACGGCAAAAUUGAAAGGACUCUCAUCCCUGCGUCUAAGAAGGAGCUGACUAAAUUCAACGUCCUUUUCGCGUCUGAAGUAAGGAAGAAUCUCACCGAUGGCCAUAUUUGGUUCUCGGUCGUGGCUCGACCACCACUAAGCACUUUUACUCGAGUUCAACGCCUGACUUGUUGUUUGUCCAUCUUACUGUGCACAAUGCUCGCAAAUGCCAUGUUUUACGAAGUAGGCAAAAACGAGACAAAAAAUGCCAUCAAGAUUAUGGGCUUUAGUUUCUCGAUCCAGUCAGUUUCGAUAGGAAUCAUGAGCAGUUUGGUAGUGUUCCCAGUGAAUCUCAUCAUUGCCACAAUAUUUCGGAAAGCUAGGCCGAAGGAAAGUAGAUACGAAGUGAAAACCGGCGCUGACGAUACAGAUGACGUUGAUGUCGAGAAGGAUGGAGAAAAGAAGAACGCUCCUGCAAGCAAAGGACUCCCGCAUUGGUUUGUGUACGUAGCAUACGGCCUUGCAUUUCUAUCCGUGACUACUUCGGGGACGUUUGUGAUAAUGUAUGGAAUGCAGUUUGGAGCUGAAAAAUCUGUAGAGUGGCUCUCCUCGAUGGCUGUUAGCUUCUUGCAAGAUGUCUUGUUAACACAGCCAAUCAAAGUCUUCAUACUAGCAACACUUUUUGCUCUCCUAAUCAAAGACCCGAAGAAGGCCGAAGAUGAUUCAUACGCGGAUAUCAAUGCUCUUGCAAAGGACGAGGAGUGGUUGCACACGGACAUCACAGACCUUGCUCCUGAAAUACAGAAGACAAUGAAGAAGAUAAUUAGCGACAGGCCGCCAGAAGAGGCAAAGCUGGAGAUUGCUCGUCAGCUCCGCUUGAAAGAGAAGCAGAUGAACUCCAUUAUCCAAGAAAUUUCCUGGUAUAUCAUCUUCUUGUUGGUUCUUCUCACCAUAAGCUACACCAACAGGGACUUAGAUACAUCUCGGGUGACCCAAUACAUGAGGAAUACCUUUGAAAGAGCAAGUUACAGUGGAAACCUAACUUACGACAAGGUAAGCCCGUGAACUGAGUUACAUUCAAUGUGACGGUAACUCUCACAUGUAUUAUCACUUCAUUUCAAGGUAUACGAGUACGCUAGUGUAACAGAGUCUCGAGUUAAUUAUCAAAGGGGGAGAAUAUUAAUUUAAUCACUAUUUCCUUAACAAGGUACACAAGAUAAAGCAUUACUGGAGAUGGUUGAGUGAGACAUUCAUUCCUUCUAUAAAGCCUAAAGUUCACUACGAUAGUUCGACGCACUAUCAAGAGCGCUAUCUUGCAGACAUUCCAACCGCCUUUCUUUUGGGUGUGGCGCGUCUAAGGCAGCUGAGAAUUAAAAAAGGCAAGUCUUUUUUUUUGUUAUUAUCCAUGGACCAGAGGAACUUUGUGAGAGGGCCACAUAAAAUGAUUGUGAAUAACAUUCAAAUAACAAGGAACGUCUUACGUUUUCAACGUGCAUCCCAUUGUAUUACGAGAAGUAGGUGUAAACCAAAGACAACUUUUAUCCCAAUCAUUCCAAAUGUUUUGCUUGAAAUUCGAGUAUUUCACCAGUUCCUUAAUUGGUUUUGGUAUUAAUAAAGAUUACAAUGACUGUCUUUCUUAGAUACCUGCGUAUACAAACGCGUUUCACGCGACAUAACCGAGUGCAACGACUUCUACAGCAUAAAAGAAGAGGACGAUGGCUGGUAUUUACCAGGUUGGAAGGCCACACAAACCGCAGGAGCUCAAUCUCAGUCCCUCUCUUCUCACAGGCAAGCUUCUCAGUUAAAAGAUCCUUGGAUCUAUAGAAGCGGAGAGGAGCUGAAGACAUUCCCAUAUUGGGGUUACAAGGGGACGUAUAGCGGUGGAGGUAUGACAUGCGCAUGUACUCGACAGAUCCUUCUUUCUUUAUUAACGAGUAGUGGAGGAACUGUUUGACAAGAUAAGUUGAAUAAAAUCGUGAGAUUUUCAGCGAGCGAGAACUACAUACUUUAAUUCAGAACCAUUGAGCGAGGAGUGUGUAAACAAUGAAAUGCAUUGACAAAUCCACGCAAGACCUUACCGUCUGUCACUGAAAGUUACGAUCGAAAGAAAUGGCAUACCUGUGAAUUCUUAAGUGCGUUGCUUUUCCUUUAACUGUAUCAUGAUAAGUUCAGUGCCAAUUUCUACCACAUGAAAUUGUUUAAUUAUUUUUAUGAUAAGUUCAGUGCCAAUUUUUUAUCGUAGUUAACUUGCUUUUAUUAUGAGUUUAGACUAUUUUUUAACACUAAUUUUUUUAACCAGCGAAAUAAUCAAGGCGGCUUAUUUUAAGGAAACUUGUAUUGUGUUUAAAGCUGUCCUCAAAUUGAUUGAAUUGACUUGUUCAAUGAAAUUCAUUUGAAAUUUGUAUUUAAGUUAAAGUUUGUCUUGUUGUUGCAGGAUAUGUACAGAAAUUUCCACAGAAUCAGGAUGUCAACAAAUUGCGGAAGAUAAUAAGAGAUCUUAGCUCACAAAAUUGGUUGGACCGCUACACAAGAGCUGUCUUCUCUGAAUUUGCCAUUUACAACGCAAACACCAACUUGUUCUGUGUUGUCACUCUUCUGUUUGAACAGCUCCCAACGGGAAGUCUGUCUCCGUAUCCCAACAUUGUUACCCUUCGUCUCUUCAGGUACGUCGGAGGCGAAAAGAUCUUCGUGAUAACAUGCGAGGUUGUGUACUUUUUGUUCACUUUGUUUUUUGUGGUUAGAGAGGUCAAACUGCUGUUGAAAAAGGGAAGGGUACAUCUGAAGAAUCCGUGGAGCAUUCUGGAAAUCCUUGUUACUCUUCUUUCACUCUCUGCAGUGGGACUGUAUUUCGCAAGGUUAAAACUCACCAAAGAUGCGUUGAGGGAUAUGAAAAAUGACCGAGCUGACUUCAUCAGUUUCCAUUACACAGCUUUCUUGGACGAGUGGCUCAAGUGUGUCAUGGGCGUUAUCGUAUUCCUAUCAUUCUUGAAAGUGUUCCGUCUCUUGCGGUUCAACCGGCGCAUUUCAAUGCUACAGCAAGUCCUCAAAAGGUCCUUCACCAAAUUGAUGUCAUUCAUGGUCAUGUUUGCACUCGCGUUUGUAGCCUAUGCUUUUCUUGCAUGCUUGGUGUUUGGGCAAGAAAUGAAAGCGUUUGGAACAUUUUUGAGAAGUUGUACUUCUUUGAUGGAUACAUUACUCGGCAAGUUCACAUUAAAGGAAUUGUCAACAACCAAUCGUAUUCUUGGACCGAUUUUCUUUUAUACCUAUACACUGACCAUGUUGUUUGCUCUUCUGAACAUUUUUAUUUCCAUCAUCAACGAUGCAUUUGCUGAAGUUUGCAGCGAUGUAGAGAAGCAGUCUAACGAUUACGAAAUACUCGACUUUAUGGUUCAUCGGCUGAAGGAGGUAUUUGGCAGGACAGAUGGCCACGCCGUUCCACCAGUCUACAGAGAGCGUAAGAGUAAACUGGAGGCUAAUUUAGAUAAGAUCGCCGAUGAUGCAGAUAAUGCAACUCACUUCAUGAGGAACAUAGCAUUUGAGGAUAUGAGGGUGACGCGGUGGUUUCAAUUAGAAAACUGCACAAAAAAGAAGAAAAAUUUGAUGCGGCUGCUAAUGGAAGUGGAUUGGGAUUAUCACGAGGACGAACUCUGUGAUUCUAUACCAGUGUUCGAGAGGUUCCUUGAGAAGUACAGCGAGGAGGAACUGGAGAGAAUUCUGCAGCAUUACCACCAAAAACGGAUGGUGGAGGACAUUGUCUUCGAUAAACUCAAUGCUACUGGUGAAUUCGACGACUCAUCCGAUGACAGCAACAGUGCUAGCGAUGACAGCAACGAUAACAAUAGCGGAAUCGUCAGCAACGACGAAAAGAUGUUUGAUGACGAGAUGCCUUUGGAGGACGAAGACGGUUGCAGAGAGGAAUCGAGGAUUACGAAGCCAACACUCAAUGCUAGCCUUUACAGCACGGAAAGCCGUCAGCAAUCAGGUCUUGGUACCAAAUUUGAAACGAUUGGAACUCGAAGUCCCUCCCCGUCAAUUGUGGAUUCAGAGACAGCAACUCUGCUUGCUGGUCUUGCCACAGUGAUGAGUGGCAAAGAGCUUAUAAAGGCAUUGAAGGAUGCGCAGAGGGAAGUAGAAGAUCGCUGGGUUGGUGACCCUGAGUUAGCAACCAGUUUCGAGAAGCCUUUAUCCUGUGAUGAUAUCAGUUCACUGACGUUUGACUGCUAA